AUGGCCGAACCCGUGCUUCCCCCUCCAAGAAACGUGGCCACAUUUUACCCACAGGCGCUUACUUCCGUGCAGCGCGGAGGAGCUGAGGACACUGAUAUCCUGACACCUGAAACGACUUAUUCAUCGAGUGAGAGCCAGCGUAUUGUCGUUGGCAAAUUUGUGCCGGAUCCGAAUGAUGAUGACCCGUCUAACCCAAAGUAUGUCCCGCAGACCGCCCUGUCGCGCGUCCGUGCCAGGCUCCCGAUGAUCUCCCGGAACCAGGGCAGUAUAUCGCGCUCCACGUACACACUGGAGGAAGAAGUAGCACCUCGAGAGGAGGGGCGGAGGAGUAGCGCCCCCGUAUCCAACAGUGGAGCAAAUUCUGGGGGUAAAAUAUAUUAUACACUCGUAAAACCAAUUUACUCGUUCUCAGCAGGGAGUCUCUUCUUUCCCAUUCAGCGAUACGGCGGCGCGAGGGCGCGCAGCGCGAACCCUGGGCAGAUCAACCUCACAUACCACGGAAAUGAUCGCCCAUCCCUUCGGUUUGAUGCGGUGUCGGUUCAGAAGAAUAACCUAAAUCGGAUGUGCCUUUAUAAGCUCGGACCUGGAGUAGUGGCGUUCAAGGUUGUCAUCGACGCGUUUGAGGCUUCAGGCAUGAAGUACACAGCAUCAAACGAGCUGUUUAACGUGAUAUGGGCAAAGCGGGCAACGACAUAUAUUCUUUCCCAUCUUGGCCCUUACCAAAAGGUUAAUCACUUCCCUGGGACAUGGGGUAUUGGACGUAAAGAUAGUUUGGCUACCAACAUUCAAAAGAUGCAGCGCUACUUUGGGCUUGACAACUUCAAUGUUAUCCCAAUGACAUUUCUUUUACCAAAGCAGCGUUCCCAGUUGGAGGACUACGUGAACGAAAAUCCGGAUAGUGCUGAUGAUCCACUAAUCUUCAUUGUAAAGCCCAGCGCUUCGAGUUGCGGUCGUGGAAUUCGUUUGUAUCGGGGUAUGCCACCCAUGCCGACAGGCUCCAAAAAUGCGGUAUGCCAGCGGUAUGUGGGAAACCCGAUGAUGAUCUUCGGACGGAAGUUUGACCUACGGUUGUACUGCGUCGUUACAUCAUUUGAUCCAUUACGUAUUUAUAUUUUCGAUGAGGGCCUUGUUCGUUUUGCGGCGCAGAAGUACCCGGGAAUGGACAAGGAUUUGGACAAUGUUCAGAAACAUCUGACCAACUAUUCCGUGAACAAAACCGCUGAGUUGAAUCGGGCGAGCCGUGGUAAGACAUACGACUCCGAUGACCCAUUAGAUAUUAAGUGGUGUCUCUCCGACUUGCGUGAGUUCUUAGACAAGAACGUAGAAAACGGUAGGAGGGUAUGGGAAAAGGUUUUGAGUAGUUGCGAUGACGUGGUAAUAAAAGCUUUUCUCAGUAUUGAACACGAGGUAGUUGAGCGGCUCCGCAAGGAGUGUCGCAACAAAACAGGGCGGGGGUGCUUUGAACUUUACGGCUUAGAUUUAAUGGCCGACGAUCAGUACAACGUUCGUCUUAUUGAGGUGAAUAUCAUGCCGUCCCUGGCGACGGGAACACCUCUGGACAAGGCUGUCAAGUCGCGCAUGCUCGCACAUUUAUUAACUCUUAUUCGCGUCGUUCCACAUCAACGUGAUGCCCCUGCGACGAAUUUCCAACAGGAAUAUGGAGGGGCGUCACCACCUAAUUACAACAAACGGUACCGAUUCGGACGUCAUCCUCACAAGGCGGGGGAAAUGAUUCGGAAGUCACUUCUCACACGUUUCAACGACCCCAAAGAACCCGAGUCUAUUCUGAGCCCUGCAGAACACAUGAUGCUUUUGGAAGCGGAAGAGGAACUGGCAUGCGCCGGGGGAUUCCGUCGGAUAUUUCCUCGAGCUGACAAUGUGUUGUCUUACUUACCAUUUUUUUCUCAUGGGGUGCUCCGGAACAAUUAUCUUCUCGCAUCAAGCGUUAUGAUGCAGGAAAAGAAGACAGCGUGA